AUGGCAUCAACAUAUGCCUUACCGGCCUCGGGGCUCCAUCAACACCACCACCACCAUGGCUCUGACAGCGCCGGCGUCCACUCGCACUCGCACGCACAUACACACUCCCACUCUCACUCGCACUCUCUCACCCAUUCCCAUGCAUCCUCCUCCUCGCUAUCCUCUCUGAGCCCGUCGCGAAGCCGAAAAGACCUACGAGGCAACUCUCACAACCACUCCCGACACCACCACCACGACAGCGACCACACACACUUCGCGUCCAACUCAAACGGCGGCCCAGCCCCGAUCCAUGUCCCGCCACCAUUGAACUCGAGCGGCCAGUGGAGGCUGGAGUCAACACCAGGCGGGAAAUCGUUAUUAUCCCCAACAGCGGCCGGGUUUGAUGCGGCCGGCGUGUACGAGCCUCCAGCUGGGGCGCGGUCCCGAUCGCAUUCGCACUCACAUCACCGUCAUGGCCAUGCGCAUGCCCACGCCCACGCGCAUGAGCAGGCGGGGCCACGGUCGAGGUUUACGGCGUUGCUGCUGAGGUACACGUACUCGUGGCCGUUGUUGCACGCGGUGGUGACGAAUAAGGAUUCGAGGAGGAUAUUCUACUUUAUGAGUCUAAACUUCGCCUUCAUGAUGGUGCAAGCCUUCUACGGCUACGUAACCGACUCCCUCGGCCUCCUCAGCGACAGCGUACACAUGUUCUUCGACUGCGUGGCCCUCGCCGUCGGGCUCUUCGCCGCCGUGGCCAGCAAGUGGCCGCCAAGCGAGCGGUUUCCGUACGGGUUCGGCAAGAUCGAGACGCUCAGCGGGUUUGGAAACGGGGUGUUCCUGAUACUGAUCAGCGUGGAGAUCAUGACGGAGGCCUGCGAGCGCAUCUACGAGGGGCGCGAGACGAAGCGGUUGGGGGAGUUGUUUGUGGUCAGCACGGCCGGGUUGUUGGUGAAUUUGGUGGGCAUGAUGGCGUUUGGGCAUCAUCAUCAUGGGCAUGGACAUGACCACGGCCAUUCGCAUGGGGGGUGUGGUGGUCAUUCCCAUGAGAGUCACUCCCACGAUCACCACGGCCACGACCACGACCACGACCACGACGAGAAACACAGUCACUCUCACUCCCACACCCAUGACCACAGCGAGAAACACUCCCACAGCCACGCCCACGACAACGAAAACAUGUACGGCAUCUACCUUCACAUCCUCGCCGACACCCUCGGCAGCGCCGCCGUCAUCGUCUCCACAAUCCUCACCCACUUCUGGAAAUGGCCCGGCUGGGACCCCCUCGCCUCCUUCCUCAUCGCCGUCCUCAUUUUGCUGUCUGCCCUCCCCCUCGUCCGCUCCUCUGCCCGCCGCUUGUUACUCACCGUCCCUGCGGAAGUCGAAUACUCCCUCCGCGACACCCUGUCGGGGAUUGUUGGGCUGCGCGGGGUCGUGGGGUAUGCGGCGCCGAAGUUUUGGAUUGAUGAUCGGACUGUCGAGGCCGCCAGCAUCCCUUCCGACGAUAAUCAUGGACACGGGAGCGAGAGCAAGGGAGCUGGGCCGAGACUACUAGGCGUGAUGCACGUGGUAGCGGCCCGCGCGGCAGACGUGGAUGAUGUGCGGGAUCGCGUGCGCAAGUAUAUGUUGGAGCAUCGGAUCGAUGUUAUUGUGCAGGUGGAGAGGGAAGGGGAUACGAGUUGUUGGUGUGGGGUUGGGAGGAGUCCGUUGUCGCAGGGGCAGACGCGCAAGGGGAGUGUGGGGGUUUUUUAG